AUGACGAAGAACCACCCUUCCCUCCGCAAGGCAGCAUCGAACGCGGAUCUUUAUGCGAACCCUUCACCGCCCCAGCAGCUGCGGCACUCGCACUCGACGCUCGCGCGCUCGCACACGACAGCCGCACUGCCACGGCGAAGUCUAGCCGACUGGGACAAGAGACCCCAGAUGGGUGAGAAGGGCCGCGCCCGCCACAGCUACGCCGCACCCUACCCGAACCUGAUCGAGGACGACGAAGACUUCCGGCCCAACAGGCAGCAGCAGAGUCCGCCACCCGUCCCGCCCAAGAUCCUCGAGGAGGUGCCCGUGCCUGCACCGAUCCUCGAGUUUAGAGAUGGCGAGUACCGUCUGCCAGCGUGCAAGAUCACGUCCAAGCCAGUGCCUUCGCACCCGUGGCUCCCCGCCCAGCUCCCACCGGUCCCCGUACGACGCGAGAAGGUGAAAGCGGACCCCGGGAGGUACACAAAGCCUUUCACCGACUUCAUGACCGCCAACCCGACAGUCUUCCACGCCGUCGAUGCUGUAGCGAAGGAUCUCGAGCAGGACGGAUACAACAAGCUGUCUGAGCGCGACGCGUGGGAUCUGAAGGCUGGUGGCAAGUACUACGUCGACCGCAACGGGACGUCGCUCAUCGCCUUUGCUAUUGGAGACAACUACAAGGCAGGCAACGGUGCAGCCAUUGUCGCAGGCCACAUCGACGCCCUCACCGCCAAGCUCAAGCCGAUUUCCAAGCUGCGGAACAAGGCUGGAUAUCUCCAGCUGGGCGUUGCGCCUUAUGCAGGCGCUCUUAACGAUACCUGGUGGGACCGUGACCUUGGAAUUGGUGGACGUGUGCUGGUCAAGGAACACGGCAAGAUCGUCACCAAGCUGGUGAAGCUGGACUGGCCCAUUGCAAGGAUACCGACGCUGGCACCUCACUUCGGUGCUGCUGCGAACGGCCCAUUCAACAGAGAGACUCAGAUGGUCCCCAUUGUUGGCCUCGACAACAGCGAUUUUAAUGGGCUGAAUGCUUCCACGGGUCGCGCGCUCGAGUGCGAAGGUGAAUGGAAAGCCAGUCCACUGGGUGGUGAGGGUGCGUUCGCCGCUACCCAGCCCGAGAGACUCGUCAAGGCCAUCUCGUCUGAGCUCGGCAUCACAGAUUAUUCCACUAUUGUCAACUGGGAGCUUGAGCUCUUUGACGUCCAACCAGCCACUACUGGUGGUCUCGACCGCGAAUUCAUCUUUGCUGGCCGCAUCGACGACAAGCUGUGCUCUUGGGCCGCCAUCCAGGCGCUACUCAACUCUGAUGCAUCCCUAAGUACCUCCUCGCAGAUCCGUGUCGUCGCCCUGUUCGAUGACGAAGAAGUUGGCUCGUUGCUGCGUCAAGGUGCGCGUGGUAACUUCCUCCCUAGCGUUGUCGAACGCAUCGUGGAGGAGUUCGCUGAGUCGAAAGUCAAGAACUCGCUUGCCCGGACCUAUGCGAACUCCUUCUUGGUCUCCAGCGACGUUAUUCACGCCGUCAACCCCAACUUCCUCAACGCCUACCUCGAGAACCAUUCUCCACGGCUCAACAUCGGCCCAGCUGUCUCCGCGGACUCCAACGCCCACAUGACAACCGAUGCUGUUAGUACUGCCAUCCUCCAGCGUUGUGUUGACGCCGAUGCUGGUACACGCAAACAGGACCCUAAACUGCAGGUUUUCCAGAUUCGCAAUGACAGCCGGAGCGGAGGUACUGUAGGCCCGAUGCUAUCGGCCGCUACAGGCAUCAGGGCAAUCGACUGCGGUAUUCCGCAACUCAGUAUGCACUCUAUCCGUGCAACUACUGGCAGCCAGGACCCUGGCCUUGGCGUUUUUGCGUUCCAGAGCUUUCUUGAGAGGUUUGAGGAGGUAGACAAGGAAUUCAAGUAG